AUGGCCACAAAUCUCCCAUUGGUUCCCCUCUUCACAUUUCUCUUCUGCUUCAUCUCUUCACUCUUCUUCUCCCCUUCUCUUUCCGCCACAACAACAGACGGCAAUCACCACGACGUCAAAUGGUGGUGCGACCAAACCCCGAACCCGGACCCGUGCAACCACUUCCUCGUGGCCCAAAACCCGCAACCCGCUACCGUCGUCACCUCUUCCUUAGCCUUCCGCAAAACCGCCAUCCAACUCGCCAUGGGCCGGGCCACGACGGCCCAGGCCCACAACAAACAACUCGGAACGAAGUGCCGCACCCGCAAAGAAAAGGCCGCAUGGGCCGACUGCAUGGACCUCUACACCGCCGCCGUCCGCCACCUCAACGCCACCCUAACCGAGCCCAAAUCCACCGACUCCGACGCCAGGACCUGGCUCAGCGCCGCGCUGACCAGCCUCGACACGUGUCGGGCCGGGUUUCGGACCUCGGGUUGUCGGGUCCCGCCCACCGCCUCCUCCCGAUGA